AUGGCCCAAACUUCCAAAUUUAGUCACAAAACAUGGUUAGAGCAAAUUAGUAACUCCAUGAAAACAAACGCAUCUGUCAAUAAGGAUAAUGAGACCACGCUUUGUAUUUUCGCAGUUCCAGAAUCCUUCGUCGAAGAAAACCCUGAAGCGUAUAAGCCUCAAAAGCUCGGUCUUGGCCCUUACCAUCAUUUUAGGGACGCGGUUUACAAAAGCGAGUGGGACAAAGUUGCCACGGUGAGGUCUAUGUUAAAUGAGGACCAUGUCAACCAGUUCAAUGAUCUUGUGGCAAAAAAGAUCAGACCUCUCUAUGGCAUUGUCCAUGCUUUUUAUGGCAACUUCUUUGAUAUGGAUGCCGAUACGUUUUCAUGGAUGUUUGCUAUCGACGGUUUGUUCUUGUUGAGUCAGAUAUACUCUUGCAACAGGGAAGAGUUUGUUAGUGAUAUUAUGAUGCUAGAGAAUCAAAUACCUUUUUAUGUUUUGAGAGAACUUAGAGCCACUUUUCAUGGUUUUAUGAACCAUGUUGAAGACGAUGAUUGGUUCUCGAACCAAUUGAUAAAAUUUUGCCACGAAAUAAUUUCCCCUUUGGAUAUUUCAAAAGAGGCAAAAGAUUGUCUUGGCUGUGCAUCUUCUUCUGGAAAGCAUUUAUUGGAUUUGUUGUAUAAAUUGAUCGUGUAUAAUGGAAGCACGGAACAAGGUAAAUUCGAACGUUCUUCUGGGAAGAGUAAAGUCGCUCGUAUCAAAGAAAUCAAAGAGUCUGUUCGUGCUAAGUUUCCAUCGUGUUUGAGCUUUCGUCAAGGGUUAGGACACGUAAUGUUUUUAACAAGAACAGCAAUCGACGUGGCGUUACAUUUGUUUACUAGGAAUGAGGAAGAACAAGCUGAACAAGACAAGAUCAAUUCAAAAGAGAUUAAAAUCCCUUCCGUUUCACAACUUCACGACGUUGUAAACGUCGAAUUCAAAGUUUCACAAGGAGGAAUUAGAAGUGUUGAGUUUGAUAAAGAGCACAUGACUUUUUAUCUUCCUACUAUCAAUGUGGAUGAAAACACUGAAGUUAUUUUAAGAAAUUUGGUAGCUUAUGAAGCUACAAUGCUGAACUCUAAUAGCAUUUUAAUUUUCGCUGAGUAUGUUGAUUUGAUGUGUGGGAUUAUCGACAAGCCAAGAGACGUAGCGAUAUUGAGGAAACGGGAAAUUGUAAGAGCAGGGAAUAAUAUGGAUGAUGAAGAGAUUGCAAAACUGUUUAAUGGGAUAAAGUGUACUACUUGGGACAGGAAGAGAAAACAUCAACUCAACAUUGCAUUGACAAAGGUUAAUGACCGGUUCCUGAAUAGCACCAAGUAUAAGGUUUUUCGGUUUAUGAAGAAACAUGUUUACAAUUCCUGGAAGUUUUUGACGUUAAUGGCAACAAUCGUGCUGCUGAUACUGACCGGUUUCCAGUCAUUCUGUGACGUUUAUGGUUGUAGCGACCAUUUCUUCCCCAACUAG